AAUGCAGUUCGAUAUUUUACCAUGCAGAUUGCUCACCCUCAAGCUGUGGGAUUUCUGUCACCGCUUCAGCAUGAGCUGCUGCUGAAAUCUGUCCCGUCCGCUGCUGUGUGCUCCCGAGUGCCCCUUGUGCUGGGCCCUGUGAUACCUGACUCAAGCCAUCGUGAAACUAUGUGGAAAUGGGGUAGUGGAGAUGAUUCUCCUUCCAAAACAGCAGCUGCAGGCUCACAAGAUGCAAGAAGCAUGUCGGUGACAGAUUUGACUGAACAGCUGACAAGUACUGAACAGCUGGUAACGCAGCUAAAGGAGCUUGUCAGAGAGAAGGAUGCGGAGCUUCGAAAUAAAGAUCUUCAGUUAAAGGAGGAGAAGGAAUCUGCUGAUGCCAAACUUUCCAAGUUGAAGCUGCAAAACAAAGCCAAGGUUGCAUCAUUGACCUCACAGUUGGAAGAACUGAAGAAACAGUUAUCAGUAUCAGGAGGCUUAGAGGCAAAAGCAGAACAAAAAAAGGCAUCAAAAGAUGGUGAUCAGGAAAAUGCUGCGGCAAAUCGUGGGAAAAUAUUGGUACUGAGAAGGAGAAUUGAAGAACUAGAAUCCCAGAUCACACAAAAAAAUGAAGAGUUACAAAAAAAGAGUGUUGAACUGGAGGCUCAGCGCUGUCGUGGGGCUGAAAUGGAUGCCAUGCUGGCAGAGAAAGAAAAGAGGCUAGCUGAAAGAGAUGCUUAUAUCAUCGAUUUACAGAUAGCGUGUGGAUCAAGUGGUGUUGCCAAUGAUAUACCCUUGCCCAAUGAAGAAUUGAAGAAUCAGCUGGCCGUUAAAGAGUCAUCACUACAAAGCAUGCAGAUUCUAGUUCAGAACCUUACCAAGAAGGUUGGAGACAGUGAAGAAAAAUGUAGCUUGUUCCAGGAACAGAUUGAGAGUCUUAAAAAUAUUCAGAGCAAAGAAAGAGAGCGUUUCCAAGGAAAAGAAGCUACAUAUAUGGAAAAUGUACGUGUGUUUCAAAAUAUUAUCCAGGAAAAGGAAAAGGAACUGGAAGCACAGAGAGAAAAGCAUGAGCAGGAGCUCUUUAAAUUAGCUGCUAAAUCUGAUGCCAGUGCUGACCUAGAACAGCUACUAAAGGCCUUGAAACAGAAGCUCCAUGAAAAGGAAGAAGUCAUGCUGGGAAGGACACAGGUGAUAGAUGUCUUGCAAAAAGAACUGGAUGCCAAGGACCAGCAAUUGAAAGAGAUUAAUGAAAACCUGAAACGUCUUCUGUCUGAAAAAGAAAACCUCCAGUCUAAACUGGAUGCUGAGAAACAUGUAAUGAGAGCCCAGUUAAGAGACAUGAUGGAGAAACACGAGCUUGAAAUGACAAAAGUUAGGGAGAAAUAUAAUGCUGAACUGCAUGAAAUUCAAGAGAAACAUGAAACUGAGCUGCAAGAGAAAGAUCAGGCCCUGUUUCAGCUUAAGAAACAAGUGGCAGAAUUAAGUGGUAGUGGACAGACUAACUCAAAAGAAGUUAGAGAUCCGGAGUCUAUAACCAAAGAGAAGAUGAAAGAUUUAGAAGUACAAGUGAAAUUGAAAAUGGAAGAGGCCAGCAAAUCUGAAGCAAAGUUUCUGAAAAUGAAGGCUUGGUCUAAAUCAAGAAUCAAACAACUGGAGGAUGAACUAAAAAAUUUUUCAUCAAAGAAUAAUGAUGUAUCUGCCUUAAACAAUCGUGUCUCAGAAUUAGAAAUUGAAAAUGAAGAAUUACAGUCAAAACUGCAAUCGUUAUAUGAAAUCAGAACUCAAAAUGAAGAAUUGCUGACUAAGCUGGAAGUCUAUGAAGAGCAGCAAAGGAAAUUGCAAGCUGAUCUUGACCAAGUUACAAAAAGGGCAGCUUCACAGGCCAGUGAAUCAGGUAGUGUGGAUGAAUUGCAGAGUCAGCUCUUGGAAUGGCAAGAAAAUGUACCAGAGUCAGAGGAGUCCCAUGAUCAAGUCAGAGAAGAGAAAUCUGCUAUGGCCUUGAGAAUGGCUCAGAUUGAGGAGGAGAGAGAAGCCAUAGUCUCAGGGCAACAGGAGCUGGAGGAGGAACUGACCACAGUUCAAGGAAUGGGCAGGCUGCAGCAGGCAAGAAGAAAAAGCAAUCAGACCAGCAGGAAGGUUCAGGAAGAAUACAACUUUGAUAGAAAACAAUGCUUUCAAGAACUGAACGUCACCUUGGAUAGCACUGAUUCAGCUGAAGGAGAAAAUAUGGGAGGUUGGUGGCCAGAGUACACUUCACCUAAUGCAGUAGGUUUACGGAGUGUGGUUGAAGAGUUGGAAUUGGAAAGAAAUCAACUGCAGGAACAAAUUCUUUUUCUAGAAGAGCGUUGUCAGGAUUUGGAAGAUAGAUUGCAGCUUCAAGGUAGAAUGGAGGCUCUUCAGGUAACGUUUGGUGUAGAUGAAGAAGGGCAGCUAUUGAGGGCUGUACAGAAUGAAAAUGAACGUUUGCAAACUCAACUCGCCCAAUUACGCAACCAACAAAUGCGAGAUGCAGAAAAGCAUCAAAUUCUGAUCUCUGGCUUGAAUGAGCAGCUUAAAGGAUUAAGUGACAGAAAUAGCUUCCUUGAAACUUCACUUGGAGAAAAAGAACAAAAAUUGAGCACGAUCAAAUUCUGA